AUGAAGUUUCAGUAUCCACAAACUCUCUGUCGAAAGAUGUUCCAAUUAACGUUUUCAAUACUAUUGAACUUUUAUGUAGGAGUAAUUUCAACGAAUGGAAAUACACCGUUUAUUCAAACGCAAUUAGGUGGAGUGACUGGCACAUAUCGACACUCGUUAAAUGGCAGGCAAUACGAAGCUUACGAAGGAAUACCGUAUGCGGUACCACCUGUACAGCAAAGACGCUUCGAGCCUCCUAUUCCUAUUAAAAAAUGGGCUGGCAAUAUUACAGCCACAAGUCCAGCGGCUGCUUGCAUUCAAUACGAACACUUACCUCACAAUUGGGUUCAAGAUCGAGUGACUGGAGAAGAAGAUUGUUUGUAUCUCAACAUUUACGUACCGGUUAAAGCGAAGUCGUUACCAGUUUUGUUUGUAAUUCAUGGUGGAGCUUUUCAGUUCAGCAAAGCUCCGACCGAAACCCAUUUUUUAAUGGAUCGAGAUGUCAUCGUAGUGAGUAUUAGCUAUCGUCUUAGUAUGUUCGGUUUUUUGAGUACAGAAGAUUCAGUUAUUCCUGGUAACAUGGGAUUGAAAGACCAAAACUUAGCUUUGCGUUGGGUAUACGAUAAUAUUGAGUAUUUCAAAGGUGAUCCAAAGAAAAUAACGUUAAUUGGUGUGAGUGCUGGAGCUGCCAGUGUACAUUAUCACUAUUUAUCUCCGAUGAGCAAAGGACUGUUCCAAAAUGGCAUAUCAUUUAGUGGAACAGCUUUUGGUCCAGGUAAACACGCGGAAAAUUCUCUAGAAAAAGCAAAAAAACUUGCAAGCAUUCUUGGUUGUCACACGACCAAGAUUUCCGACAUGAUAAAAUGUCUCAAGUCUAAACCAGCUCGAUCAGUUGUCAAUGCCACCAGUCAAUUUAUGCCUUGGUUGUACAAUCCCUUUACACCUUUUGGUCCGGUAAUUGAAACUUCUGGUGAUAAACAAUUCAUUAAUCGUUCUGCUAUUGAUAUUGUCAAUAGUGGUGAUGCUUACGAUGUACCUUGGAUCACAAGUUUCUGUAGCGAAGAUGGACUCUAUCCUGCCGCGGACUUUAUUAACGACGAUCAACUCCUGAACGAUUUGAAUAACAAUUGGAACACUAUUGCUCCUCAUUUAUUAGACUAUAAUUUUACUAUACCAUUGAAAGACCAUGCAAAUGUCAGUAGCAAAAUCAGAAAUUAUUAUUUUGGAUCAAAAACCAUCGGCAAAGAUACGAUAAAAGAGCUUGUUGAUGUAGUUGGUGAUAGAUUGUAUAAGUUCAAUGCUUAUAAAGCUGCCAGAUUACAAGCUGCAAAAAACAAGAGUCCAGUAUUAUUUAUGUACUACAAUUACAGGGCUUUCACGAGUUUGAGUGAUUUUUAUAGUAACUCAACAACAAAUUACGGUGUAUCUCAUGGUGAUGACUUUUAUAUGUUAUUUGAUAACGGUUUCAUCGAUACUUCAAAAAGAUCAGAAGAUCAAGUUAUGAGAAAUAAAUUAUUGGAUUACGUAGUUUCAGUAGCUACUGAUGGGUUUCCGGGUUUGGGACUUGAGUUUGAAUGGAAGAAAGUUGAUCCAACUAAAGAAGAUCUAGAUUAUUUAUGUGUUAGAGGACCGACAAACAUUAAAAUGGAAAGUAAUAAUUAUAUUGAACAAAGAAAAUUUUGGUCGACAAUUGAUUUCGAUGAGAAUAAAUUGUGCAGUGAAACUUGUUUUGUCUGUUAA